CGCGCUCUCUGGGCUUUUAGAGGUUUAAAGCUUCAGUGUGGAACAGUUUCACCGCGCGCGCUCCUUCAUGUUUAUUUUCGGUUCUUUUAAAAUUUUAAAUUAAACACACACACACACACACACACACACACACACACACACACACUCCUCUUUGAUCUCGGGCGCGGACGCCACAUUGUAACGGCGUGUUUCUGUUUCCUGUAAGAUGAUGUUCCCCCGUACGGAGUUAUUAUAGACACACUAUGAGAUAAAGCCCGUUAUUUGGGAAUGCACGUGAGCUGGAGGCCGAGGCGCGCGGUUCCGGUGGCCGCGCUCGCGCUCCUCGUCAUCACCUUCUUCCUGCACUCGUGUCUGAGCAACGGGAACGGGAGCGCGCGCCGGGACAAGCCGCCACCACCAUCAUCAUCAUCAUCACACACGGUGACCGGCGGCGCGCGUGAUCGGCGGAGUGUGCGUCUCGAGGAUGUGUUCAUCACGGUGAAGAGCACGCGGCAGUUCCACCGACACCGGCUCGCGCUCCUGCUGGACACCUGGAUCUCCAACACCAAGGAGAAUACAUAUAUAUUCACAGAUGCUGAAGAUCAGGAGAUCAGCUCUAGAGGGUUCCACCUCGUUGUUACCAGUUGCUCACCCGAUCACACUCGUGAGGCUCUCUCCUGUAAGAUGGCCGCUGAGUAUGAUCACUUCAUGGCGUCUGAUAAACAGUGGCUGUGUCAUGUCGAUGAUGAUAACUAUCUGAACCCUCGUGCGCUGCUCUCUCUCCUCUCUGGAUUCUCAUUGGACAGAGAUGUGUAUGUGGGUAAACCUAGUCUGGAUCGACCAAUCAGAGCCCAGGAGCUGCUGCCUAGCAACAAGACGCGUGACGUGCAUUUCUGGUUUGCUACAGGAGGGGCAGGGUUUUGUCUCAACAGGAAGUUAGCAGAAAAGAUGGCUCCUUGGGCGAGUGGGUCCAGGUUAGAACACACCUCAGGUGUAAUCAGACUUCCUGAUGACUGUGUGAUUGGAUUCAUUGUGGAGAGGCGACUGGGCGUGUCCAUGAUCCACAGCAACCUGUUCCACUCUCACCUGGAGAACCUCCAGCUGCUCACACCUGCACAGAUCCUCACGCAGGUUACUCUGAGUUAUGGGCUGUUUGAGAAUAAGAUGAACAGUGUUGGACUGAAGGGAGGUUUCAGUACCGAGGAGGAUCCAUCCAGGUUUAAAACACUGCACUGUUUCCUCUACCCUCUGACCAGCUGGUGUCCACCAACAUGAAGGCACUUUACUUCCCAGAACCCUCCUGGAGAACAUCUCUCACACCCACGGCAUGCACCAUGUAUCACCCUGGCUGUGUUCUCUCUGUCUGUGUGUGUCAUUCCACAGGAGACCACAAGGGAGCGACACACCAUUAUCAGCACUUUAUCAGAUGUUUUCUUGCAGAUCUCUUGGUUUUAGAUUCUCUGUGGUUCUGGAACUAAAAUGUUUUAGGACAUGGUCUCAUGUUGUCGAAAACCCUCUUUGUUCUGUAACGGUGUAUAAUUCACGUCACAGUGUAAGAGCGAGAUGAUUCCUAUUCAUAGUAUAUGUGUGUG